AUGAAAGCCGGCGGGAUUGCUUUCCAGAUUCUAUUCCAUCUCCCCGGUGUGGCCACGAACCGGCCAGAUUUGUGUCGAAGCGCAGAUGAUGAGAUGGCAAAGGCCAUUCGACAGACCCCUCAGCGCUUUGCCGGGUUUGCUGCUCUCCUAAUGGGCGUUCCGGACGUUGCCGUCACGGAACUUCGACGUGCCGUCAACGAGUUGGGAUUUGUCGGCGCGAUGGUCGACAACCAUCUGGAAGACAUGACGCACUAUGACGACAGCCGUUUCUGGCCCGUUUUCGGGGCCGCGGAAGAGCUCGGCGUCCCGAUCUACCUUCAUCCUUCACCUCCAACCCCGGAAAUCUUCAAAUCGCGUUAUCGCGGUAAUUACUCAACUAUGGCGGAAAUAGGUCUGGGGACGGCCUCGUGGGGCUGGCAUGAAGACGUGGGCUUGCAUAUUCUGAAACUCUAUCUUGCUGGGGUGUUUGAAAGUUUUCCCAAGCUCAAGAUCAUCACCAGCCACGUGGGAGAGCUUUUACCUAUGAUGCUUUCCCGAGUUGAGAGUAUGCCAGCCUCCCAAGCUAUGACUGAGAAGGGAUCAAAGUCUAUCAAGGAUGUUUGGCAGGAUAAUAUAUGGAUCACGACGAGCGGCAUUUUCUGUGUCGACACAUUCAAAAUGCUCAAGCAGGUAACGGGGACUGAGCAUAUCCUGUUCAGUGUUGAUUAUCCGUUCGAAUCCAGCAGUAGCGGCAAAAGGUUUCUCGCCGAACUUCUCACAACGAACACGUUGACAGAGGAUGAGGUGGAUAUGAUAUCGCGAACGAAUGCUAUACGCCUCUUGGGUUUGUCGGAAGCAGCCGGUCUCGACCAGUCAGACUAG